AUGUCAUUCCCCUGCUUUUUACCAUAUGCAAACGGCGAAGAAUAUCUAUCUGCUGCCAUCGUCCCGCCAUCCCUAUGCGAGCCUGAGGAUGAAUUUGAGAUUGAUCCUUGUCAAGCUGUUUUCCUCGAAGAUUUCCGGAAAGAAAUCAGCAAGUAUACGACUCGGGAGCUAGCUGGGAGCGUGCCCAACGCCACAAAGGUAGCUCUGAUUGAGAGUUUCCAGCAGGAUUGGAAGAAUUGUGCCCGUCUCUGCGUGGAGAAAACUGCAGAGACGCUUCGGUGCGAGCUCGAUGCGCUGAUACUUGUUUAUUUUAGUACAUUCCCGCUGUUACGGUUGGACGUAACAAAUAUUGCGGCCGAAAUAGUCGAUGCCGCCUCUCAGAAGGCAUUGGACCUCGUGCUGAAAUUGUUCCAAUUGGAGACUACGCCUAGAGUUGGCAGUAACAUGGAACUGCGUGCCAUCAAAUAUCGAUUCGCACAAAGGUACGACUCCAUGAGGAGGGGUAUGGCGGACCUCCAGCCGUACAACACCGAGCUCAGUGUUAUGGCUGAAAUUCGGGCGUACUUCAGUAUCUCCCACCAGCGUUUUAUUUCCAAUGUACUCGCCGCGAUUUCUUCAGAGCUAGUGGACGUAAUAUCGGGUAACCUCGAGGAAUCGCUUUUCAGGGAACUGGGAAUAAAUUCGCACUAUCUGGAUGAAGGAGCUAUGUGA